GAAGCUGAAGGUCUUGCGCCUCCGCAACAUUGAGGUGGGUGAAGCAGAGGCCGAGGAGUUCUGCAAGGCGCUUGGGCUGAACGACACAAUCACAAAGCUGGAGAUCCGAGACGCUUUUGCCCAUCGAGCCCGGUGUUCGGCUCUGUGGAAGGCACUCGCAGAUGCCUUGAAGUCCAACAACUGCACGGUCACCCAUGUCAACCUCGAAUCCAACGACAUCGGAGACGAGGGGGCCAAGGCACUGGCAGACGCCUUGAAGUCCAACUGUACGGUCACCCACGUCAACCUCGAAUUCAACAUGAUCGGAGGCCAGGGCGCCAAGGCAUUUGCAGAUGCUUUGAAGUCCAACUGUACAGUCACCGACGUCAACCUUUAUGGCAACUGGAUCGGAGUUGAGGGCGGCAAGGCACUCGCAGAUGCCGUGGAGUCCAAUCGCACCGUCACCGUCAGACCCAAGGUCAGCCAGCUCGGAGGCAAGGGUGCCAAGGCCAG